ACCCCACCACACUACAAAAACUACCUGCCAAGUGGCCCAAGUUCUCGUCACCAUCUUCACCUGCAGCCACCAGUGCUUAACCCCCAUUUCUAACUUCUAACCACUACCACAGCCAUGGGAGAGGUCGAUCCAGCCUUCAUCCAAGACGCCCAACAUAGGCCUAAGCUCGCUGUUAUCGAAGCUGAAGGCAUCCCCCUCAUUGAUCUCUCUUCCGCCAAUGCUUCCAACCAUGUUUCUCAAAUAGCUGAUGCAUCCAAGAAUUGGGGCUUCUUUCAAGUCAUCAACCAUGGGGUGCCCUCGGAGUCUCGCCGGAAAAUUGAGGAUGCGGCGGGGAAAUUCUUCGCUCUGCCAUUGGAGGAGAAGAGGAAGGUGAAUAGAGAUGAGGUGAAUCCUUUGGGGUAUUAUGAUUCCGAGCUUACCAAGAACGUUAGGGACUGGAAGGAAGUUUUUGAUUUCGUGGUGUCAACCCCCACCGUGAUCCCUGUUUCGCCUGAUCCUGACGACAAGGAGCUCAAAGAGCUGACCAAUCAGUGGCCUCAGUACCCUCCUGAAUUAAGGGAGGUAUGUGAAGAAUAUGCUAGAGAAAUGGAAAAAUUAGCCUUCAAGCUGUUGGGACUCAUCUCGUUGAGCUUAGGUUUGCCGGAAAACAGAUUCAAUCUUUUCUUUGAAGAAUCAACGAACUUCAUCCGCCUCAAUCACUACCCACCUUGCCCCAUCCCUCACCUAGCUCUGGGCGUUGGUCGCCACAAGGAUGGCGGAGCCUUAACCAUCCUUGCCCAGGAUGAUGUUGGAGGAUUGGAAGUAAAGCGAAAAACCGAUGGAGAAUGGAUUCGAGUUAAGCCCACCCCAGAUGCUUAUAUUAUCAAUGUUGGGGAUAUAAUUCAGGUCUGGAGCAACGAUACUUAUGAGAGUGUGGAGCACAGGGUGAUGGUGAAUUCAGAGAGGGAAAGGUUUUCGAUUCCGUUCUUUUUCAAUCCCGGGCACCGUGUUUGGGUGCAGCCCUUGGAGGAGCUGACGAAGGGGGAAAAGCCAAAGUACAGAGCAUACAACUGGGGAAAGUUCUUUGCUACGAGAAAGCACAGUAAUUUCAAGAAGCUUGAUGUGGAAAACAUCCAAAUUUCUCAUUUCAAGGCAUCAGAGUAAAAGGGUCAGUAGGACAUUAUCUAUCUUUAAUCAAGAAGAGCUUGUUUUAGCUCUCUGAAGUUCACCAUGCGGUAUAUAGGAUAAGUACAUGGUGUGAAAAUAAUAAUGUAAUUUGCUUGAUAAAUAAGCAGCAAUGCCUGCUGCCUUAAUGGAAUAGUCAUUUUCUUCCUAUACCAGGAAGAGAUUUAUUAA